CAGGCACAUCCCGUGCACAGCUUAGAGGGCGUAUGUAAAGGAGGAAGCUGGCGUGGAGAGGCUUUGGGACGUGCCGAAGGUCAUCGAGCCCCGAGCGCAAGCCACCGGACGUGGCGGAGACCAGACGUGUAGGAAUCCCCGGGAGGGUCUUUUCAGCAGCCGAACAGGAGCAUUAGGCCCAUGCUGCUGCUGGUUUGGACUCCCAAGGCUUGGCAUAGGCUCUCUCCUCUCAAGCCCCCAGCUCUCCUUUGGACCCCAGGAGGUGAGGCCCUACACGUGAGGUACCGGCUCAUGUCAAGGCAGGGCCCUGGAGAGGCAAGCCGGCAGAGCCAGCCCCAGGGCCCUGGGUUUCGAACCAGGCUAUUGAUCACUGCUUUGUUUGGGGCUGGGCUGGGCGGGGCCUGGCUGGCUGCAAGGGCUGAGAAGGAGCAGCGGCGGCAGCAACAGCGGACAGAGGCCCUGCGCCAGGCAGCCGUGGGCCAGGGUGACUUCAACCUGCUGGACCACCGGGGACAGGCUCGCUGCAAAGCUGACUUCCGGGGUCAGUGGGUCCUGAUGUACUUUGGAUUCACUCACUGCCCCGACAUCUGCCCGGAUGAGCUGGAGAAGCUGGUGCAGGUGGUACAGAAGCUGGAGGCUGAGCCUGGCCUGCCCCCAGUGCAGCCUAUCUUCAUUACUGUGGACCCCGAACGGGACACCAUCGCAGCCAUGGCCCGCUACGUACAGGACUUCCACCCACGGUUGCUGGGCCUGACAGGUUCUGCUGAGCAGGUAGCCCAGGUGAGCCGCAGCUACCGCGUAUACUACAGCGCUGGCCCUAAGGAUGAGGACCAGGAUUACAUUGUGGAUCACUCCAUCGCCAUCUACCUGCUCAGCCCUGACGGCCUCUUCACAGACUACUACGGCCGGGCCAAAUCAGCACAGCAGAUUGCGGACAGCGUGAGGCGCCACAUGGCUGCCUUCCGCAGCGUCCUGGGCUGAAUCAAGUCAUUAA